GAUUAAAAAACAGAUGAGCUAGACAGAAGCUCUCACCCCUACGACGUUUAAACAGACGCUGCCUUUUUCAGAACAACACAGGAGAACCUGAGGAACGAUGGGUUUAUUUACACCUAUGUUUACAACGAGAACUUCAAGACCUCUAAGUUAAGGGGUUCUCUGGUCAAAUCUCCGAGGAGGAUCCUGGUGGAGUGGCUGUUUCUAGUCAACCCUAGUCUUUUUAUUCGCCCCAUUCGUCUGGUUGAAAUCAUGGAUCUCACUUUGUGGCAGUACCAGUUUCGAAUCAUCAUGUUAGGAGACUCCACAGUGGGCAAAUCAUCCAUGUUGAAGCGCUACACAGAAGAUCUGUUUCUGGAGUGCAUCAACCAAACGGUCGGAGUGGACUUCUUUGUACACUUCCUAGAGGUGGAACCUGGGGUGAGGGUCAAACUUCAGUUCUGGGAUACAGCUGGUCAAGAGAGGUUUAGGUCUGUGACUCGCUCCUACUACCGUAACUCAGUCGGAGGUCUUCUGGUUUUCGAUCUGGGCAACCGCAAAUCUUUCGAAAACGUGCAGCAGUGGUAUGAAGAGGUGUUCGAACGUGUACAGCCCUACACUGUGCUCUAUGUGCUAGUGGGACACAAAAGUGACCGGGUCAAAGCCGGAGAGCGAGCCGUGAACCGAACUGAGGCAGAGAAGCUCGCAACCCAACUGGGAGCACCGUACAUCGAGGCCUCAGCCAAAACAGGUCACAAUGUGAAAGAGGCCUUUGAACUCUUGACCCGGCGGAUUUAUCAGGGCUUAAAAAGUGGAGAGAUCCAGUUGCGUGAUGGGUGGGAUGGAGUCAAGAGCUCAGCACCUACAGCCCAAGCACUCCAGAGGAAACAAAAAAGUGAAGCCGCUGAGAAAAACAAGAGCUGUGCUUGUUAACUUAACUUACUUAUAUGUGGUUCUCACAACUUUUGAAAGCAAAUCAUCUAAUAGGAUGGAUUGGUCUGACUUUGGCGAAUUUAUACAAAAGCAAAUGUCAAGGUCUUUCAUAUUGUAGGUAUUAAAUUUGAUCAUCAGCAAUAAAUUUCAUAACGGCAUGGAUAAUUUUUGCUUAUCUGCAAGAUUUUAGCAUUUUGCAAACUAUACUGAAACGCUUGUUUAAUUUCAUAUACAUAAAUUUGUACAUUUGAUUUCCAGUUGUUUGUUCAGAUUUCUACUCCGCUUUGUACAAAGGUGUCUUUAGUAGUGUCUUUAGUAGCAUUACUGCAUUAGUUUAAUAUUUUAACUGCUAUUCAUCCUAUCACGUUUAUUGGCAUGCAUAUGGCCACAUAUUUCCAUAAACAUCUAUUUGCUGAUACAGAAAGGGCUGCUUGAAAUGUAUAGCUAUUCCUGUAAUUCAUAAUUACAUGAGAUUCUGGAGGUAUUUAAGACUUAAAAUAAUUCACUAAAAUAUUACUUUUACACUUAAUGGGAGUUUAGAUAUUAAUUUGCCACAGUCUAUACACAAUGCAGAAACUAUUUAUGUUAGUUGUUAUUUCUGAAAUUAUGUCCAACACAGCUGGAGUCAUUUCAGUGAGAAUAAAUCACAAUAAGA